AAAUACACGUACAAUGUUAUCUCAGGUGUAAUAACUCUUUGCUUUAAAGCACUGGUUACCUGUAUUAUAUUUCACUCAAAAUCGCUGAAAGAAACACAGUCUUAGUUUCUGUUUAUGAUAUAUUUACCGCCGAUUUAAGAGUAUUUUACGUCGUCUGCAUUUUAACUUUCACCGGAACUGCUAUUUUGUGGUUGGAAGUCUGUUUAUAAUCGUGAGGCACUGAAGAAUUUACGUUUAUUUGCAUACGGUACUCAUGACAUCCAGAAUGUUAUUACACAAAUGUGUUCGCACACUACUCAAGGCAAAGUCACAGUCUAAAUUAAUGAAAGGGUAUUUGCCUAUUUCUAAAUAUGCUACAUUUACCUAUGUACCUGAUACAGCUCCCAGAGAAUACGGAGAAACAAUGAAGAUGAAUCUAUUUCAAAGUGUAACCAAUGCGAUGGAGAUAGCUCUAGAAUCUGAUCCAACUGCUGUUAUAUUUGGAGAGGAUGUAGCCUUUGGAGGAGUUUUCCGAUGUACUGUAGGCUUAAAAGAUAAAUUUGGUAAAGAUCGGGUCUUUAACACUCCCCUCAGUGAGCAAGGAAUAGUAGCAUUUGGAAUUGGUGUUGCAACAACAGGUGCAACUGCUAUUGCUGAAAUUCAAUUUGCCGAUUAUAUUUUUCCUGCAUUUGACCAAAUUGUGAAUGAAGCAGCAAAAUUCCGAUAUCGUACUGGUAAUCUAUUUAAUAUUGGUGGUCUUACCAUUCGUACACCUUCGGGUGCAGUAGGACAUGGUGCCUUAUACCAUUCACAGAGCCCUGAAGCACUUUUUGCCCAUGUCCCAGGACUAAAGGUUGUUAUCCCACGUGGCCCAAUUCAAGCAAAAGGUCUUCUUUUAAGCUGUAUCAAAGACAGAAACCCUUGUAUAUUUUUUGAACCUAAAAUUCUUUAUCGGUCAUCGGUAGAAGAGGUUCCUGUCGGUUCCUUUGAAAUACCAUUGUCUAAAGCUGAAGUAAUUGUGGAAGGUUCUGAUGUAACACUUAUUGGUUGGGGAACUCAGGUACAUGUUCUACGAGAAGUUGCUACUAUGGCAGAAGACCGUUUGAAUGUUGGCUGUGAUGUGAUAGAUCUGCGAACUAUUUUACCCUGGGACACCGAAACAGUUAUCAAUUCAGUACGAAAGACUGGUCGUGCAUUGGUUGCCCAUGAAGCCCCUAUUACAGCAGGAUUUGGUGCUGAAAUUGUAUCUACCAUUCAGUCCGAAUGCUUCCUCCACUUAGAAGCUCCUGUGAAACGUGUCUGUGGCUAUGACACCCCAUUUUCACAUACUCACGAACCUUUCUAUUUACCUGACAAAUGGAGAUGUUUUGAAGGUGUUAAGCAACUGAUUAACUUUUGAUUGGAUUGUAGUAAUUAUUUUUUUUAUCAAAAUAUAUAGAUACUCCAAAUCACUUGA